AUGCACAUCAUCUACCUCAGCAUCCUCUUUGCCCUCGCUCUUACAGGGAAUGGUAUACCCACGCCUCCCUCAGCCCCGAAGUCUUGUUACCUACCAAAGCGUCUGAUCGCACUUGAAGAGCAUGUUACUUCACCAUCACUGGAAGCCGAGGUAGUCGCGGCAGGCAUAGCGCAGCGCGCCCCUGGUGUCCUGGAAAAGCUAAAAGAUGUGGGAGCCGGCCGCAUCGCCGCAAUGGACGCUGGCCACUUGUCCAUGCAAGUCCUCGCCCAGCAGUCUGCAACGGGCUUGGAAGACCCCGAAGGAUGUCGCGCAGCGAAUGAUGCUGUUCGCGCUGCAAUCAAAGCUAACCCCAAGCGCUUUGCGGGCUUCGCCGUACUUCCGAUGUCGCUACCUGAAGAAGCUGCGGCAGAGUUGAGCCGCAGCGUAACAACGCUUGGGUUCAAAGGUGCGAUGAUCUGGAAUCAUCUCAAAGACGGCACGUAUUACGACGCUGCACGCUUCGACCCAGUCUUUGCCAUGGCACAGAAGCUCGAUGUGCCGCUGUACCUGCAUCCUGCUGCCCCAACCGCCGACAUUGGGUCCGCAUUAUUCGCUGGAAACUACCCCGCUGCCGUGGCCGGUCGGCUUGGGACGAACUCGUGGGGCUGGCAUGUCGAUGUGGGAACGCACGUCUUACGUCUUUACAGCGCAGGGUUGUUCGAUCGAUUCCCCAAGUUGAAGUUGAUCAUCGGACACAAUGGAGAAGGCCUGCCGAUGUUCAUUGACCGGAUCGACUCGACGGGACUACGCAACGAGACGACGUUCGAUCGGGUGUGGCGUACGAAUAUUUGGAGCACGACGAGUGCCUUCUUCACUGUGAGGCAGUUUGAGCAGCUGAGGCAGGUGAGUCCAGUUGAGAGGAUUAUGUAUUCAGUCGAUUAUCCGUUCAGUACGAAUACGGAUGGGUGGGCGUUCGUGGAGAAGUUGGCGCAAGCGCAGGUUUUGAGCGAUGCUGAGAUGGAUUUGUUCGCCUGGAAGAAUGCUGAGGCAUUGCUGAAACUCUAA